AUGAGACUCCGCGAGAGUAUCCGGCCACCUGAGCGCUUCAACUCCGAGCUAAUCAUUACACCAUCACCAAAGAAGACUUUGCGCGAACCCAGAAACCUGAGAACCCCUCGCUUUGUCGAUUACAAUCCGCACCUACCUCCUGCUGCAUUCCCCACGCUUGAACCGGCCAAUCUCGCUCAAUCGAGGACCCGUGAACAAGAUCGGGCGAAAGUUGAGCAGAAUGGCGUAGCUAAAGGGCUGCAACGCGACGCCAGCUCAAUUGACUUUCACGGGAGCAAUACGGAAGAUAAAGAGACAUGGGAGAAACUUGACGAUAUCUCAAUUGAUGAGCUUGAGGAUCUCAUAGCGAGCAAUGGGGAACUCAAUCCUAUCUACGUCAGAAACAUGGCAAUCAUGGCAGCUGCAGAGACGUCGUCUUCUUCUGAUUUAGACAUGGCAGAUAGCGAUCCUGACGAGCCGAUGACAGACGUAGAUGGCCGUCACGCAGAGUCCAUCAGGUUCAUUCACGAUCCAGAAUGGUCUGACCUUUCUCCGAGCUUGCAAGCAGAGAUCGCCAUCAACCUCAGCCAACACUACAGAUGGUCCACAGUCUAUAGCAAGCUUGGCUUGAGGGAAACGGAACGCGAGGAGUUACAGGAACUCAUCAGGCGCCGUGACCGCCAAGUUGCGAUGGAAGACUCGGCGCUGCAUGCGAUGAGGGCAAAGCAACUCAGAGCCCUCCUCAGAAUCGAUAAUAGCUCGGGGAGUCGCAACAGGACACCACACAAGCUGGUCUUUCGCAAAAUUUCCCGCAAGACCGCUCAAAGGCUCAGAGGCAGCCUGGAAACAGACUAUCUGCUGUGCGAGGUUGGGGAACUUUUGAACGCCAGACGAUUCUUGCAAAGGCGUGAGAUCGAAAGACAUUAUGCCGGGGAAUGGAGUGGCAGUAUCGUGACUUGGCCGAGGGCUGAAGAUGGAUCUGAUGCCGAGAGAAGGGAGAGCCAAGGAGAUUCGAUUGUCACAGGACCAGUGACUCCGUUCGGGGUUGGUUCGAUCACUAUAAACGACCAUGGACACGAUUUCGCUGAUUCUAGUAGGCCUAAUCCGGCUACUCCUCCCCAUCGCAUCAUUCACACAACUGAAUAUAUUGAAGGAGCUCUGUUACAGUACCAGGAAAGAGAUCUGCCUCCUCGCAAACUUUAUCAUCGUGGAGAACGUACCCGACGACUGAUCGUCUGCUUAAAACUCGGCCAACCACGAGCUAAGUUUUUCCAAGCAUGGAAGAAGUCUGCUCAUCCGCGAAGAUUGGUACGGUCCGUACCACCUCUCGAUGUCUUUUAUAAAGCAUCAUCAAGUCCUGGAAAAUUUGAUGGAGGUGCUGGCACGACAUCAACCUUGGCUGCAAAUUUAAGUCAUUCCGCUAUGAAUGUUUUCACGCAGUCGCUAGAGGAUUGGCAGCGAGGUUUACUCGAGCUCGACGAUACAUCUUUGAUUUCCUGUUGGAAGAAAUUCCAGCGAGAGUUACAACAGGCCACAUUCGACCCAGACAGAAGCGAGCCCGUGGAAACGUUGGACUCGGGUGUAGACACUGACCGGCAUUCGGAGCUUUCUGAGGCCAUACCAUGCAUCAAUCUCACAGAUGUCCACCUUCCUUCAAGGCCAACAACACCCGGUAGAGUUAUGUCACCCAUGAGUGUCGAUUAUGUCCAGAGUGGUGAAGAUGACUUCGCACCGUUCAGCGAAGCAAGAACCCCACGAACAGACCCUGUCUUCGACAGCCCUGGAAGUAGCUGCUGGGAAACAUCUUCGGAUGGUGCAGCGGCAUACUCGCCCACGACACCACUGACCACCGUCACCAACACUUUCGAAUUCCUUGACGACAAUCACAGCGAGAAAAGUGACGAUGAUUGGGAGGAUGCAGAAGAAGAGGAGGAAGAGGACGAGAUGAUUUUGGUUCCAGCCAUUGGACCAGUAAGAAGGGCAGCUGCUUAG